GCGUACGGGUGUCACCGAUCAUGAUGAUCAUGAUGUCAUUGGGGAUGCGUGCAGUGCAAAGUCAAGUCUGGCAGCCUGCACUUGCCAAACCUAAAGCUCGAGCUGCGGCAGAUCCACAAGUGAAAGGCCGUGCUUUCGGAGCUGGGGCAUCCGUGGCAAUGCUGGGGGCAUCUGCCAUUUGUUGCCGCCGCGCACGUGGCCGAAGGUCGGUGUGCAAUGCUGUGCGAGUGGUUGUGACUGGGGGCUGUGGAUACAUCGGCUCUCACACAGUUCUGGAGCUGUUGAAGGCUGAAUACGAGGUGCUUGUUUUGGACAACCUUAGUCGCAGCCGCAGUAGCUCCAUUGAUCGUGUCCUUGCUUUAGCAGCUCGCGAACACCACCUUGCUGCAUCGGACGUGAAUAGACGGUUGGCCUUCAAGCAGGUGGACCUUUGCGAUGUGAAGAUGCUAGAGGAUGUUCUCGCCGGUGUCAAGGAGUGCGAUGCCGUGCUUCAUUUUGCCGGUUACAAAUCGGUGGGAGAAUCCAUGCAGAAACCUGACAUGUAUUGGGACAACAAUGUCGGUGGCUUUGUAAACCUGAUGCAUCUUCUGGAGAAGUACCAGGUUUCGAACCGUGUUCUUUUGUCCAGCUCCUGCACUGUUUACAAGCCCUCGUCAGAGAAGAUCUCCGAAGACUCAGAGUUGCAGCCAACAUGUCCUUACGGCGACACCAAGUUGAAACAGGAGCAGAUCUUGCAAUGCAAAAUUGAAGACGGAAGGAACUGGAAUGGCUGUGCGCUGCGUUAUUUCAAUCCAGCCGGAGCACACAACAGUGGUUUGCUCGGCGAAGUGCCCCAUGCAUUGUCCCCAUGCAUGUUCAUCCCUCGUUUGGGGCAAAUAGCUCUUGGGCAACGUCCAAACUUGGAGAUUUUUGGAAAAGAUUAUGACACUGUGGAUGGGACAGCUAUAAGGGACUAUCUUCACAUCGAAGAUGUGGCAGAGGCUCAUGUAGCAGCAUUGGAACACCUGAAGAACAGCCAGGGUUUUGAUGCAUUUAAUUUGGGUACCGGGCAUGGUCACACUGUCCUGGAGGUUUUGUCAGCCUUUGAAACCGUUUGCGGGCGGAAAUUGCCGCAUAUUUUUUCUGAAAGGCGUGAUGGAGACGCUCCCUUUGCUGUGGCCAACCCCAGCAGGGCACAUUUAGUCCUUGGUUGGCGCGCUCAUAGAAGCCUUUCUGAAAUUUUAGCUUCACAUUGGGAAUUUGUGCAGCAAAAUCCCGAUGGAUUUGAUUAGAAGGGUUUGAACUCAACCCAGGAUAGUAGAGUCCCCAAAUGCUAGCCUCAAUCAUUCAUUGGAUGCUACUUGCGUGUUGUACAUUCUAGUGAAAAGGCUCGCAAGAAAGCAAGUGCGCGUUUGGUUUUUAAAAGGUGCGUGCAGUGUCUUGCGUGCAGUCAGAC